GAGGAAUUUUCAAGUCUAGUGGAAUCUGUCAGAAUAGCCAUUGAUGGUGGAAUCCAGCCGACACGUAUCAGCCAAGGCUCAAGUGGAUCAUACUUCAGCCGCAAUAAACAGGGGAAAAUUGUGGGUGUAUUUAAGCCAAAGAACGAAGAGCCCUAUGGACAGCUGAAUCCAAAGUGGACCAAGUGGAUACACAGGCAUCUCUUUCCGUGCUUUUUUGGUAGAAGCUGCCUUAUUCCCAAUCUCGGCUACUUAUCCGAAGCAGCAUCAUCCCUCAUGGACCGCAGACUAGGCACUUUUAUUGUACCAAGUACAGAUGUUGUUCACCUUGCCUCACCUGCAUUUCACUACGACUAUCUCGAUCGACGAUCGAGCACUAGGCCUCCUAAAAUCGGUAGCUUCCAAUGUUUUUUGCAUGGCUAUAAAGACGCAACUCUUUUUCUCAAAGACCACCCUCUCAACCCAGACCCUUCUCCAAAGGAUUUGGAAGCAGGCAAAAAACAGCAGGAAUCCACGCGGUUCAAAUGGACUCCUCGGUUGCAAGAACAGUUUAAGCGUGAGUUUGAGCAAUUGGUGAUUCUGGACUAUUUGAUUCGCAACACAGAUCGUGGACUAGACAACUGGAUGAUCAAAUAUUGCCCCAACCCCCCUCACUUGCAUGUCGCUGCUAUUGAUAAUGGACUCGCGUUCCCCUUUAAGCAUCCUGACCAAUGGCGAUCCUACCCUUAUGGCUGGCUGGCCCUGCCAGACUAUCUCGUCUCCAGACCUUUCUCUUCUGCUACUCGUCGCCAAUUUCUACCUCUCUUGACAGAUCCUGUAUGGUGGUGUGAGACCAUCAAGGAACUCAAGGCUAUGUUUAUGCUCGAUUCAGACUUUGACGAACGCAUGUUUGCUAACCAGAUGGCGGUUCUAAAAGGUCAAGGUUACAAUAUUGUCCGAGCUCUCAAGGAUCCUUCUGGAUCACCCCUCGACCUUGUUGCUCUUGAGAGAAUUGUGAUUCCUAUGGACGAAAUUCUC